AUGGCAACCUCGCUUGCCGGGCUGGCCACCACCACUGCCGACAAGGCCCGCAUCGACAUGGACCAGAUGCGAGGAGCCCUGCUCCGCGCGGCCACAAGCCUCUCGAAUGCAUCGCUGCUGCUUGCGCGCCUCGAUGGGGCAGCCUUCCCGGAGCGCCCGCGCUUGUCGCACUUCCAGCAGGCCCUCUUCCGGCAAAUUUCCCACCUGCCGGCCACCGACCAGGAUGCCCAGGCUGCCGGGCAAUUGCUGGACCUGGUGGGUGCCUCGAUCGCCGGGACCAGCCCGGCCGACCGGCUCUUCUACCAAAGCACCGGCUACGAGGAGUCCCGGUCGCCGCUGUAUGCCGAAACGCUGGCCAGCCGCCACGCAUGGGGCCACACCACCCACACAUCGGACAUCACGGCCAGCGCCCACUCUGACGGCCUCUUCCAGGCCCGCUACACCUCUGGGGAGGAUUCGGUCCUGCUCGGCCUCCGAGCCGAGUCGGCCGAGCACGACUGUCCGGCCGCGGAGGGCUGCGUCUGUGGCCGCCUGGGCCCGGCGUCGGUGUGCCCGACCGAAUCGACAGACAUCCUGCUCCUGCGGCCGGAGCAACUGGGCCCGGACACCGCCCUGCCGGAGCACCGAUCCCGGUAUUCGCGCUUCGGCUGGCCACUGGCCCUCUCCCAGCAGGCGGGCGGCUAUCUCCAAAAGUCCACCGAGGGGGCGGCCGAGGCGCGCCAGCUGCUGGAGCAGCUCCGGCUCUCCUCAGACCGCCUGGCCAAGGUAGCCCGCUUUGUCGGAGAUCGUGUCGACCCGGCCGACCUGCCCAGCGUCUAUCAGGGUGGGCUGAUGCUCCGGCUGAGCGAAGUCCUUUUGAAUUCCAUCGGCCGCGCGGCUUCCCGAGCUUCCGAGGAUGGUGCCCCGGCGUCGGGAGCCGACGGCCUACCACCGGAUGGGGUCGAGGUCCUCCUGCAGCGCGAAGCCCAGGCUCUAGCUGCUGCUGCCCUUGCACUGGACUCCGAGAGCGGCCUCUUUGCCAAUGCUCUGAUUGACGCGCACUCCGGCUCAGCCGAGGCCCGGGCCCUGUGGCACGACUGGCGGACCCUUGGCGCCCUUCUUGAAUAA